CCACGAGUCCACGACAACAGCCGUAGGAUCGGGACCCUGUCUCCAAGACCCACCAUGUCAUGUCAAAGACAAGGCGCACCUUUUCAUGGUUCUUUGGCUGCUAAUUAAUUCUAACUAGUUGGCGGAGAGACAGCAAAACUCCGAUGUAUAAUAAGAGUCGCCGUCCAGAAGACACCAUAUUGAAAUCUUCGUUUGUCACCGUCGACAAGAGCGAAGACUUGUGCGUCUCAUUACAUCAUGUCGACUUCCACACAAACAGUGCUGGCGGCGCCUGUGUCCAACAAAGCGAUCAGCGGCGAAGCCUCGCACCCUCUUACAACUAUCAUCUCACAACAUGAACACAACAGCCAACAUGACAAUGCCGAGAGCGACAGCGUCUCUGGCGUACCGAGCCACAAGCCCUCUUCCAAGCUACAAAAGACCGCCGUGACCUUCCAACUGUCCGGCAUCAAUUUCGCCAACAGUUGCGUCAAUGGUCUUGUCGUGGUCGGGCUACCUGUCAUGACCAUCGAUCUCAACCUACCCCAGUCCCUCGCCUUCUGGCCUUCUUCCGUGGCGGCUCUAACCACCACGGCCACGAUCCUCAUUGCUGGUUCGUUGGCCGAUGUUCUCGGGCCGCGCAGCGUCGACCUUGUCGGAUGCUUCGUGCUGGGUGUCUUCAUGCUCGGCUGUGGCUUCGUGCAGACAGGAGAGCAGCUCGUCGCACUACGGGCACUGCAGGGCAUCGGACUGGCACUUCACCUCGCCAGCUCCGUCUCCCUGAUCACCAAGACUUUACCCAAGGGUCGGGGGCGCAAUGUGGCGUUUGCUUGCCUGGGUAUCAGCUCCGUGCUCGGCUUCUCGUUCGGCCUUGUCAUGGGUGGUGUGCUGGUGGACAAGGUGGGAUGGCGAGCUGGAUGGUACCUCUACGGAAGUCUUGUACUAUUCUUGACGGCCGUGGGAGCUUUCUCUCUCCCUCGCAGCCCGGUCCUAGGGACUUUCAAGGAGACUUUGGCGGAGAUCAGGGAGAGGGUAGAUUGGGUCGGAGCACUCCUGGCAUCGUCUUUCAUGGCGUUGCUCUCUUACUUCUUGGCUGUUAUCAGCAGCGAUGUCGAGCACAUUCGCAAGUCAGACACCAUCGUCUUCCUGUGCCUUGGGGUCAUAUCCUUGCCACUCUUCCUUGGAUGGUCGCACCGCCAGGUGAAAUCGGGCAAGCCAGCGCUCAUUCCCAAUUCAUUCUGGCGUAACAUGGCGUUCUCGUCUAUCUGCGCAGCCGUUGCCAUCGCAUUCGCCAUUAUCAACUCCCUAGAGCUGUUUGCAAGCUUGUUCUUCCAAGAGAUCCAAGGCCUCUCUGCGCUCCAAGCCGCCAUCCGCAUCCUGCCCAGCCUCGUGGUUGGCUUCUUCAUCAACCUUUCCACCGGUCUGUUCAUCCACAAAGUCCCCGCCAUGUGGAUCGUCAGCAUCUCCUCCCUUCUCACAGCCAUCGCGCCCAUUCUCAUGGCCGUCAUCAAGCCCGAGACGCCGUACUGGGCCAACGCCUUUCUCGCGCAGAUCUUCAUGCCCAUUGCCGCCGAUGCUCUGUUCACCGUCGGACUGAUCGUCAUCACCGACGUGUUCCCGGAGGACAAGCAGGCUGUCGCGGGGGCCGUGUUCAACACGAGUUCGCAGUUUGGCCAUGCCUUUGGCAUGGCCAUUAUGCAGGUCAUCUCGUCGCUGGUGGCCAAGGAUCACAAGGGUAUGAAGCCGGUGGAGGCGCUGAUGGAAGGGUACCGGGCGAGUUUCUGGGCCAUGUUUGCCUUCAUGGUGACUUGUGCAGCGAUUGGAUUCUUUGGCCUGCGCAAGGCGGGCAAGGUCGGUGUCAAGGAGGAUUAAAGCAGUAUGGCUUGGGUGACACCACCAGUAUUCCGGAGGAUGGAGGAUAGACGAGCAUA